UACACAUGCUAACUGAAACCCCCGCGCCUGAAUUCAACGCAGUAACACUUUACACCUACCGCGACAACUAUUCCUCGAUUUUCCUUUCUCUUUCUCUGUUCUCUUUUCUCUCUCCCACGCUCAAGCAUUUCUUCUUUAGUCUCCUUCGCCUUUGACGAUAUUCUCAUUCCCAUGAUCUCCGCCAAUUCUCCACUCGCAACCGCGGUUUCUGCACUCGCCACAGCGAAAUCCAAUCUCGCUCCAAUUCCUCCACGCGGAUAUCGGAAUCUAGGGUUUCGGUUGAGUUCUCAACGCUUUGGUCCAAGUGAGAUGGAUUUGGUGAGAAAGGUGACCAGAGGUUGCUUCGGUGAUCGCGCUGGGAAGGGGUGGAUGGUGGAGGUUGAGUCCAUGGGAGGCGAGGAUGUGUUCGAUGCGGUGGUGGCGGCGGAGGCCAAGGUGUUUCCGGAGCAUCUUGUCAUCAUGGUUAAUGGAAUCGUUGGGAGUGCUGCAGAUUGGAAAUACGCGGCAGAGCAAUUUGUGAAGAAGCUUCCUGAUAAAGUCAUCGUCCAUCGAAGUGAAUGCAACUAUUCAACAUUGACUUUCAAUGGUGUUGACUUGAUGGGUGAGAGGCUAGCUGAUGAGGUAUUGGCUGUUGUCAAACGUUGGCCUGAGGUGCGAAAGAUCUCCUUUGUGGCACACUCUUUGGGUGGGCUUGUUGCAAGGUAUGCUGUUGCGAGGCUGUAUGAACCGUUUCCAAAAAUGGAAUCCUCAGGUCUUUCUGUGAAUCAUUCAGUUCAAAGCCUUGAGCAACCUUAUGAGGAUAGAAUUGCUGGACUGGAACCCAUGAACUUUAUAACAUUUGCGACACCACAUCUUGGUUCAAGGGGACACAAACAGCUUCCAUUCCUUUGUGGUCUUCCUUUUCUGGAGAAAAGAGCAUCACAGACUGCACACUGGAUAGCUGGGAGGUCUGGAAAGCAUCUCUUCCUCACUGACAGUGAUGACGGGAGACCUCCCCUUCUCCUCCAAAUGGUUAAUGAUUCUGAUGACCUAAAAUUCAUAUCAGCUUUGCGUUCUUUCAAGCGCCGUGUUGCGUAUGCAAAUGCAAACUAUGAUCAUGUUGUGGGUUGGAGUACAUCAUCGAUCCGGCGCCAAGAUGAACUUCCAAAGAUUAAUCAUCUUGUGAAGGAUGAAAAGUACCCACAUAUUGUAUAUAUCGAGAGAGAAACUACUGAUGACUUCCAUAAUAAGGCCUCUUCCAUUGCUGGAGACCAAACAACUGAUAUUGAAGAGGAAAUGAUUCAAGGCCUUACCCAAGUACCUUGGGAACGUGUGGAUGUUAGCUUUCACAAAAGUAGGCAACGAUAUGUUGCACAUAAUACCAUUCAGGUGAAGAGCUAUUGGUUGAACUCUGAUGGUGCCGAUGUGGUUUUCCAUAUGAUAGAUAACUUUCUUCUCUAGUCCUCUACAAGUUAGGUCUCCAGUUCCUUAUUGGCCAGGGGACCUAGGGACAAGAUGGAUGAUUGACAGUGGUAAAGAGAAGGAUGGGUUUUAUCUCAUGGGUUUCUAAUCAUCCCCUCUUGAAAUAAACAUGUCAAUCCAAUUCUCAGAGUGAUAUUUCUCCAACUAAGUAGUUGCUUAGGGUGUCACCAAUAUUUAGGCCACCCAUCAUUUUUGUUCUUAGAUAAUGUUCUCCUUUAUAGCGUCCAAAUGAAUGUUUUUAUUCUACACUGUGAGUUGUGCGAACUUGAAACUAGAAUUUUAUUUACCCACUUUGAAUAGAUGUAUGGAGCUCUUUUCCAAUGUUCAUUAUGAUGUAAGGGCCGCUUUGGAUGUUUAGUAUUUACCUCGUCAUCAAUUGUUUGUUACUGUUGUAGACUGAUAUUCUCAAGCAUUGCGGAUCUGUUCAUUAGAUGAGAAGAAUGAAGUGUUUUUUUUAAACGCUCUGCAA